AUGGAUUUGAAGAUAUACUUUUAUUAUUUGUUUAUCAUAAAUUAUGUAAAAAUCUCUAUAUGUUACGUCUCUUUUAACUCUACUUUUGAAAAUAAUAAUAAUAGCUACCUUCUUACAUUCAAAAAUAAGUCUUACAUGAAAUUUCUUAACACAUAUACCUUAAAAAACAAACAUUCAAAGUUUCAACUAAGUUUGAUUUUUAGAAAACUUAAAGAUCAAUCAAUGAUAAGGAGUAUUCCUAGUCAUGUGCGAAGAAGAAACAAGAAGAAAAAAAAAAAAAAAAAAAAGAAAAGUAAUGAAAAGGGCCAAGAGGAAGGGAAAAAAAAAGUUAAUAAAAAAUUGAUGAGACGUAGACUGCUUAAAUUUUAUAAAUUAAAAAGGAAAAAUGAGGGUAAAGAAGAAAAUAUAUUCGAUUCAAAGAUAAAAUACUCAGUGUUUGACUACAUUGAAAAUAAAUUAAGCGGUCAUCCAGUAACAACCUUUGCGGGUGAUUAUCAAAUGGGCAGUACCACUACUCCUACGACCGCUACCACUGCUACUACUUCCAUCUCUUGUGCAGAGGGAGUGGACAAAAGGAUUAACUUAAUGGAUAUAUUAAACGAUCGGGGGAAACAAGAACAAAAUGCAUUUGAACAGAAGAAAGAUAACGAUGAAAUGCUAAACGAAGUAAUAGCAAAGGAAGAUGUUGAAGAUUUGUCUAAGUCAAACAAAAAAAUAAUUGAAGAGAAUUUAAAUGAAUAUACGAAAGGAAUUAAAGAGGAAAAUUCUACCCCAUUAACAAUAACAAAAAAACAAAAGAAAAAAGAAAAAAGAAAAAAGAAAAGGGAAAAAAAAUUAAAGAUUAAGCAUAUUGGGAAAUAUCAUAGAAAAGUAUACACAUACAAAAAGAAAGUUUCAGUUGAUGAUGUUCAUACAUAUAUUUUAAAUAAACAACUCAAAGAUAAAUAUAUAUUACAGAAAGAUACUUUAAAAAAUGUGUUUGUAAAUAAACCACUUUUUAAUUUUUACAAUUUUUAUAAUUUUUUUCAAAUUGAUCAUAUAGAAAAAUAUAAUAAAUCCAAAAUAUUAAAUUUAAUAUAUUAUUAUAUAUAUAAAUACAAAAACAGUGUAAAGAAUGAAGAAGAAACAAAAUAUGAUUACAUGCAAACAGAUGAUAUUAUGAAGAAAUAUGAAAGCAUUGCAGACGAUCAAAAAAAAAUGAAUCACUAUUUAGAAUAUUAUAUUAACAUGAAUAAUAAUAAAUAUCUAUAUAUGAAUAUAGAUAAAGAUUACACUUUAAAAAAAAAAGCGACGGAUGCGUUUACUAUAAGCAGUAUAAAUAAAGUUGAUUCGCUUCACAUACACAAUUACAAGGUGGUAUGGACUAUCAGGAAUGUUCAAGAGAAACUCUUUUGGCGAUUUAGAGAAAUGGGGAACAUUCCUUUAACCACUUCUGCCUUUUCGUUUGCAGGGAAAAAGUCGUUCAAGUUAAAAAUUUGGUUAGAUGGGCAUAAAUCCGCAAGAAAAAACUAUGUAAGCGUAGGCUUAAAACAACUAGAGAAUUAUGGCAUGCUUGAGGAAUAUAUAUGCUUAUCGCUUAAUGGAAUUACUAAGGGGCCUUUUACGUAUUUAUCAAAAGAAUAUUAUCAAAAUACUUACAAUUUUUGCAAAUUUGAUGACUUGGAUUUAAAAAAUAACGAAUUAAAAUUCAGUUUAUUUGUUUAUGAUGGCAUUAUUUAA